ACGGGGUCUCCCCAGCAGUCCUCUUCCACCAGGGCUGCGGCCCCCAGGCAGCAGUGCUCCGCAAGCCCCUAUCAUCUCUAAGAAUAAACUCUGAAGCUACAGGCUGUGUGGACCUGAAUCAUCGGGAAGCCCGUCGAGGAGGGGAGUGGCUUUCCAGGGCAGGCAAGUGGACUAUAUAAGCCCCGGAGGGCCGGCGCUGCCCCAUCUCUCCCACCAGCUUCUGCCUGCCAGGGGGACGCCUUUGGAGCAGCUCUUGCAGGACACCCACCAUGUCCCAGGCUGGUGCUCAGGAUGCCCCCGUCAAGAAGAAGCGCCCCCCCAUGAAGGAGGAAGAUCUGAAGGGGGCCCGUGGGAACCUAGCCAAGAACCAGGAGAUCAAGUCCAAGACCUACCAGGUCAUGCGGGAGUGUGAACUAGCUGGUUCCACCGCCCCAUCGGUGUUCAGCGGUACCCGGACCGGCUCCGAGACCGUCUUUGAGAAGCCCAAGGCUGGACCCGCCAAGAGUGUCUUUGGCUAAGAAGGGCACACCAUUCCUCUUGCCACUGCCAACUCCUACAUGCAAGAGCCUUUUCCCAGAAACUUUUUUAUGCCAGAAUGCACCUUCUCACCUGCUGCCUCUGGGACUGCUGCCUGCCCCUCAGAGCCCUGGCCCCUCAGCCCAGGGACUCUGCACCAGCACCUGGGGAACACCAAUAAAGAGGAUGUCCGGUUGA